UGGGCAGCCGCGCUUGUCUGCUCGCCUGCUCUCUUGCUUUGUCUGGCGGACUGGCGAAAUGUACAUUUGUUCUUCAAGGAUUCUGUUUGAAAGGGCGCCGAAACUUUCCGAGUCUAUCCGGGUCCACAGCAGGCAGCGUGGGUAGAAAAGCGGUUGUGAUAAUCUGCACAAAUGAGAACAGUGUUAAUACCCUGAGCUCGACUAAGGGCGUUUGAAAGCUUGUUCGUGGCACCAACGGAAGACAAAAGUUGGCUCAAGCUGAUGCAAUACACAGCAUAAAGAGCCUCCCGCCUCGGGGUGCGUAGAUUGAACGAAUCAUGUUGUCGCCCGAGGCACCCAUCAUAAUGAAUUAAUAAAGUGCCUUCCAGCUCUGCAGUUCUAAGAUUAUUUUCAUUAUAAUAAGUUUUUCUGAAAUGAAGCAACAUCUGCUGCUUGAUGUUGAUUGUGGUGUUGAUGAUGCUACAGCUAUCAUGAUGGCUCUAGCCUCUCCUAGUGUUGAAGUCCUGGGAAUUACCUGCUGUUAUGGAAACUCUCUCUUGGAAAAUACAUGUAGAAACGUACUCCGUGUGUUGCAUGUUUGUAACAAGCUUGAGAUUCCAGUUUAUCCUGGUUCUUCUGCCCCAGUACUUGGUGGACCUGUGCUGGGGGCAUUCUAUCAUGGGGCAGAUGGAUUGGGAGAUGUUCCAGAUCCCAGUGCUCCAGGAUUAGACCUUCUCCAAAAAGAACAUGCAGUGCUUGCAAUAAUAAGAAUAAUCAACGAGCAACCAGGUCAGGUUUCUCUCGUUGCUACUGGUCCCUUGACAAAUUUAGCACUGGCCGUGAAAAUGGAUCCAACACUUCCCGAGAAACUUAAAAAUGUCAUCAUCAUGGGAGGAAACAUGGAAGCCGUAGGAAAUACGAGUGUCUGUGGAGAGUUCAAUUUUGUAACUGAUCCAGAAGCGGCUUACGUUGUCUUAAACGAGUACACCUGCCCAAUUUAUAUUGCAACAUGGGAGUUCACGCUUUCCUGCGCACUCUCUUGGGAAUUCUACGAUGAAUGGAUUAAUUUGAAUUCCGAGAAAGCCAAGUUUAUGAAGAAAAUACAUGCUCAUUCUUUGAGAAUCACAAAGUCUUCCCAGGAACAUUCAGGCAAGAAAGAAUCAGGCUUUGUUUCUUGUGACUCCUACGCCAUGGCUGCUGCCAUUGAUGAGACUUUUGUCACUGAAGCCAUAGAAACUGGUGUCAGCGUUGAGCUCCGUGGCUCACUGACCAGAGGAAUGAUGGUCGUGGACUGGAAUGACGAACUGAAAAAGAAGAGCAAAGCCUUUGUAAUGAAAAAAUGUGAUUUAGGAAUGCUGCAGGCACUGAUGAUGGCCGCUUUAAAAUAAAGAUGCUAAUCGUGGAGAUCUUCCCUGAACUAUACAUCUACUACAGAUGAUCUGACCUUUAGCUGCUGCUGUGCAAACUAUGGUUUGUAAUGCAACAGCUACAGCAGCAUCCUGUGCCGUGGAAGCAAUGCUGUUUUCAUAAGCAUUGCCACUCGCACCAUAUACUUCAUAUUAAAUCUCUCAAAUCUGUAGCAAUAAGCACAUAUUAAAUCUUAAAUUCAUAUUAAAUCUUUCAAAUCUGUGGUAAUAAGCAUCUGUGAAUGCAUCUGGGCGCACUAAAGAAAAGGAACCCCUUAUGUGGGAAAGGGUCUUGAUAGCUGCCUAAGGAACUUUAAAUUAUGUCAUCUAAUAGGGUGAAAUAAUUGCUCUGCUUGUCGGUAUUAAUGUACCUAUAUUGAAUCAGAAUUUCCAUGGGGGAAACUCGGGCAGAAUAAUCAGGAAGUAUUGAAAUCUGGUGCAUCUCUGUUGAGAAGAAUUAGCAUACUUUCCCCCACCCUCAUACAGUAGUUGAUUCAGGUAUCUAUUAGAUCCAAUAAUAUUUUCAUCAGCUGAAAGAAAAAUACAGCUUAACUACUAUAAGCUGGUCUCUGAUACCAUUACAGCGGUAUUUAGUUACAGAAAACAGAUGCUGUAAGUCUCUUCAAAAAUGACAUUAAUAUGCAGUGUCAACACUGAGUUUAUCACAGGAAUAGAAGGAAGGCAGUUCUCUGUACCAAAUCUGUUAACCACUGGAAUUCUUUUCUUUAAUUAUUGGCUAACUAAAGCAUGUAUAUUUCAGAACAUAACUCAGAUAGUCAGUCACGUUAAAGCAAGUACUGUAUGGACCAGGAUCCUAUUUCUCACACUUGCUGAUGUAUGUCCAUUGGGGUAAAUCUCAGCAUCAUAUUGCCCCUAGUUAAGAAAUCACUGUCUGUUGGGCCUUUUUUUUUUACAUAAACCAGUUGCGUGACAAGCAACACAAGUCUUGACUACAGGCAAUUCGUGGCUGAGCUUUAUGCCAUUUAACUUAUUUAUUAACUUUUUGUACUGCCCGAUUAGUGAAGGACUCAACUCUGGGUGGUGUACAUAAUAAAGCAACAAAAAACCCAUCCUCCCCACCCUCCUGUUACUGUUAUAAUCAACAGUAACAUUAAAAAUAACCAUAACAAUUAAAAAAUAUAUGGCAACAAUCAGAAAAUCAAUACAACUAAAGUGCAAAGUGUUACAUGAGUACUAAAUCCCUAUGUAUGGGAUUACGAUCUUAAAAGUCAUUUUGAAGAGCUCUGUCUACUAGGUUUCUGAAAACUUGGGAGACUGGAGCUUGGUGUACCUCCAGUGGAAGUUUAUUUCAGAGGGAUAGGGCUACUACUGAGAAGGCCAUGGUCCUUAGUUGACACCCUUCUGACCUCUCGGUAAUGAGCCUGGCAGGACUAAGUGAAAUGAGUAGUUGUUUUUUUAGAGCAGAUGUUCCGACAGAUAUUGAAGUUCCAAACUGUUCAGGGACUUGUAAGUCAAAACUAGCACCUUGAAUUGGGCAUGGAAACUAACAGGAAGCCAGUGGAGCUAUGCCAGGAAUGGGGAUAAUACGAUCAAUUUUACUUACUGAAAUUAGCCUGGCCACCAUAUUUAGGACCUGCUGAAGUUUCUGUUCUGUCUUCAAGGGCAGCCCCACAUAAAGAACAUUACAGUGAUCUAUUCUUGAGAAUACCAAUGAAUGUACUGUACCAGCAUUGUUAGGAAUUGCCUGUCCAGAUAGGCACACAAUUGUAAGUAAUAAAAGAACAUUGUGUAUAAUUUCAAAAGUAUUUUAUUGUAUUAUGAAUAUGGAAGAUAAAAUAAUAUGCACAAAAGUCUUACAAGA